CCACCGCGCCCGGCUCAAAUCACUCUUUUAUGGUUAAAAGCUGGGACUCACUCUGAAGCCAAACUGAGUUAGAAUUCCAGCUCCACCACUUACUAGCUGAAUGACCUUGGGCAAGUUAUUUAACUUCUCUGUGCCCUAUGUAUUCAUCUGUGAAAAGGAGAUAAUCCCACGGCUGAAAAUUACAUGAAUAAAUGUAAAGCACGUAGAACAACGGCAGGCACAUAAAGUACCCCCUAAGUAACCUGUUACAUAAUACACAUUAAGUGGUAUGCCCCAUAUCAUGAAGUUUCAAACUUUUCUUAUACCAGAACUAAACUGUCCUGUUUCAGGACCUACUAAAGGUGGCAAGACAGGAGAAAGCAGGAUUAAGAGUGGAAAUGAAAGCAGGUAACAGAUUCCCUGGAACUGAGUUAAUGCCCCUCUAAACUGUUCUUAUACUACCUGGUAUUGAAUUUAUGAUUGCCUUUGCCAUUCUUUCUCCAUUUGACUACUAUAAAAUGGAGAUAAGGGAAUGAGCAAUUUAUGAGUUGGGAAUUUAUUAUUGGAAAACUGACCAAUGUUAUCUCUUGCAGAAGGUCCUACAGUGUAGGAAAGCAAUGAAACAACUUGCACCUGAUGGACAAAAAUGGGCCAGUAUGGAUCCAGAAGAGCAAAUGUUGGUAGCUGCUACAGCUUUUACCCACAUCUAUGCAGGACAGGGUAAAGGAGAUGUCAGGAGAGAGGCCCAAUCUAUCCAAUAUGAUCCCUACAGUAAAGCUUCGGUAGCCCCAGGGAAGCGACCUACUCUUCCUGUGCAACUACAGUACCCACGUGUGGAAAGUAGUAUCACUUCAGAAACAGUCUCUGAGGCCUCCCAAAGACUCCGAAAGCCAGUGAUGAAGAGAAAGGUGCUGCGUAGAAAGCCAGAUGGGGAAGUAUUAGUGACAGAUGAGUCGAUUAUCAGUGAAUCAGAAUCUGGUACAGAAAAUGAUCAGGAUCUCUGGGACUUAAGACAAAGGCUGAUGAAUGUGCAGUUCGAGGAAGACAGGGAAUCCUCAUUUGAUAUUUCACAAAAACUUAAUCCACCACAUGAAUACCAAGGAAUUUCUCAAGAUCAGCUCAUUUGCUCUCUACAAAAAGAAGGAAUGGGCUCUCCAGCUUACGAACAAGACCUGAUUGUUGCCAGCAGACCCAAGUCCGUUAUUCUCCCAAGGCUGGAUCAGUUAAGCCGAAACCGGGGCAAGACAGACCGGGUAGCCCGGUAUUUUGAGUACAAACGGGACUGGGACUCAAUGCGCUUACCUGGUGAAGAUCAUAGGAAGGAAUUACGCUGGGGUGUCCGAGAGCAGAUGCUCUGUCGAGCAGAACCCCAACCCAAACCUCAGCACAUAUAUGUCCCAAACAAUUAUCUAGUACCAACAGAGAAGAAAAGGUCUGCACUCCGUUGGGGUAUUCGUUGUGACCUUGCAAAUGGUAUCAUACCCAGGAAGCUUCCCUUCCCUCAUUCUCCUCCUUAAAUCUUUUUUAAACUGUCUUCUUUCACAGGAUUGUUUGAGAUAACCUGGCUCUUUUUAUCUUUCCUUUUAAAUAGAAACAACUGACUUGAAAAGCUCAUAGAACAUUUUACAGUAAGGACUUCACCUAUCACUGGUCUUUCCUAGCUAUAUAUCACAUUGAUGUCAUAUAAAACUUCCAAAUUAACACUCAAAUCCAGCAAUUGCAAGAUAUAUCGGAGAAAGAGAAACAGACCUGGUCUUUCUAUUUUGUCAAAUUAGUAUUUUGCCAAAUCAGUAAGGGCCCUUUGUGUCCUAUAACCUUUUUUACCUAUGGCCAAUGUGAGUUGCUGUGCUUUUAUGUGUAUUUUUUAAGUUGCUGGGCAUUACAUUUAUCAAUUAAAGAAUUUUGGAAAUUCA